CUUCGAUAUGUAAACAUAUUGGCAUCUCUACCAGCACCGAACCGAAAGAAGUGCAACGCGCAGCGUCUAAUUAAAACCAAAUUGAUCGAUUUGGCCGCGGCCGAAACUGGACAUUCGCAAUUUGGGCGGUCAGCCGCCCCCAAAUCCCGUCCCGACCCCCCGCGCGCUUCCCGCUGCCGACGAACAGCAGCACGUCGGUGUGUGACGCACGUCGGUGUGUGUGUGUGCGCCUUGUUAUUGUUGUUGUAGCGCUUGCUACGUUCGCCGUUCGCAGUACGCUGGUUUGCGUGUGUGUGUGCAAAGAGGUAUCGUUGGAAUUAACAAAAAAAAGGAAGAUAAAAACAAGAUUGGAAAAAACUUAAAAGCCGAGAAACAAAGCUUGUAUUCAAACAUACCCAACGAACCACCUCCUCUCGGCCAGGUGCUCCACAAGUGUUUGGCCCAACUGUUGCAUGCCUAGGAUCACGGGACAAUCCUGGUUAGCUCCACUGUUCGUCCGCAAACAUCCUGAUUAACCCGGUCGACCUGAUUCGUUUUGAAUAUCCCGCAAGUUAGUACUUGUAAGGGUUCGCUGGGCUCCGGAUUCCGGAAAACUAACGCAUCUGGGAACGCCCGGGUGCUCGACUGCGUCCGCAUGUGGCGUUGGCGGUACUCCAGCACGAGAAGCCAGCGCCAAGUGCUCCAUUUGCAUCCUAGUCCCCCGGCGGAUUAGGAUUCUAUUCGGCGCUUCGACAGCAGUUAGCCAAACAGCAAGCCACGCUCGUGACCUCAUCGCUAUAACAACAACAGCGAGCGCUUGACGCGUGCCUCCUCAUUACCAUUAACAUUCCCUAUACGAGUCGACGACCAUCUCCUGGCAGGAGCAGCAGCUGACCAGUUGGAAGCACUGAAAGCCAAGCAACAGUUGAUUAACAGGAACCAGCGGAAGGAGCAACAUCUAACUGCCAGGAAACAGCGACUAAACCCCUUGGAUUUUGCAUGCCAGCUGGAGUAAAACCUGUGGCCAGCAGCAGUCAGGGCAGCAUGGACGUGGAACGAAGGCGCCGGGCGAAUACGCUCGAGCGCGAGAUGCGCGAUCCGACGAGCAUCUGCAAUGUGGACUGCCUGCUGGACACCGUUUCGGCCUUGGUCAGGGAUUGUGACCACGACUCCUUGCGGCGGCUGAAGAACAUCGAACAGUAUGCAGCCAAAUACAAACCCUUGGCGAUGCAGAUCAACCAGCUGCGCAUGAACGUGGAUGACUUUGACUUCAUCAAGCUGAUCGGCGCCGGCGCCUUUGGAGAGGUGCAGCUGGUGCGGCACAAGUCCUCCAGCCAGGUGUACGCCAUGAAGCGGCUCUCCAAGUUCGAGAUGAUGAAGCGACCGGACUCCGCCUUCUUCUGGGAGGAGCGCCACAUCAUGGCACACGCCAACUCCGAGUGGAUCGUGCAGCUGCACUUUGCGUUCCAGGAUGCCAAGUACCUGUACAUGGUGAUGGACUUCAUGCCCGGCGGCGACAUCGUGUCCCUGAUGGGCGACUACGACAUACCGGAGAAGUGGGCCAUCUUCUACACGAUGGAGGUGGUGCUGGCCCUGGACACCAUCCACAACAUGGGCUUCGUGCAUCGCGACGUCAAGCCGGACAACAUGCUGCUCGACAGCUACGGCCACCUGAAGCUGGCCGACUUCGGCACCUGCAUGCGGAUGGGGGCCAACGGGCAGGUGGUGUCCAGCAAUGCGGUGGGCACGCCGGACUACAUCAGUCCGGAGGUGCUGCAGUCGCAGGGCGUGGACAACGAGUACGGGAGGGAGUGCGACUGGUGGUCGGUGGGCAUCUUCCUCUACGAGAUGCUCUUCGGCGAGACGCCCUUCUACGCCGACUCCCUGGUCGGCACCUACGGCAAGAUCAUGGACCACAAGAACUCGCUCAGCUUCCCGCCCGAGGUGGAUAUCAGUGAGCAGGCGAAGGCCCUCAUCCGUGCCUUCCUCACGGACCGAACACAGCGCCUGGGUCGCUACGGCAUCGAGGACAUCAAGGCGCAUCCCUUUUUCCGCAACGACACCUGGUCGUUUGACAACAUCCGCGAGAGCGUGCCGCCGGUGGUGCCGGAGCUCUCCUCCGACGACGAUACGCGCAACUUCGAGGACAUCGAGCGGGACGAGAAGCCGGAGGAGGUGUUCCCCGUGCCCAAGGGCUUCGAUGGCAACCACCUGCCCUUCAUCGGCUUCACCUACACCGGCGACUACCAGCUGCUGUCCAGCGACACCGUCGACUCCGAGUCCAAGGAGACGAGCGGGGCGGUCAACAGCGGAGCGGCGAGCAAUAACCAUGGCCAUGGCCAUGGGCACAACCACCGCCACCGGCCAUCCAACUCCAAUGAGCUGAAGCGUCUGGAGGCGCUGCUGGAGCGGGAACGCGGUCGCUCGGAGGCCCUGGAGCAGCAGGACGCCGGACUGCGGCAGCAGAUCGAGCUGAUUACGAAACGCGAGGCGGAGCUGCAGCGGAUCGCCUCGGAGUACGAGAAGGAUCUGGCCCUGCGCCAGCACAACUACAAGGUGGCCAUGCAGAAGGUCGAGCAGGAGAUCGAGCUGCGCAAGAAGACCGAAGCGCUGCUCGUCGAGACGCAGCGCAAUCUGGAGAACGAGCAGAAGACGCGGGCGCGCGACCUCAACAUCAACGACAAGGUGGUCCUGCUGGAGAAGCAGCUGCUCGAGAUGGAGCAGAGCUACAAAACCGAAACGGAGCACACGCAGAAGCUGAAGAAGCAGAACGCCGAGCUGGGCUUCACGGUCAAGUCGCAGGAGGAGAAGGUGCGCGACAUGGCCGACAUGAUCGAUACGCUGCAGAAGCACAAGGACGAACUGGGCCAGGAGAACGCCGAGCUAACGGCUCUGGUGGUGCAGGAGAAGAACCUGCGCUCGCAGCUGAAGGAGCUGCACAAGGAGGCCGAGAACAAGAUGCAGACGCUGGCGAACGACAUCGAGCGGACGCUGAGUCGCGAGCAGAAGGCCCAGGAGGACAACCGGGCGCUGCUCGAGAAGAUCAGCGACCUGGAGAAGGCGCACGCCGGCCUCGACUUCGAGCUGAAGGCCGCCCAGGGUCGCUACCAGCAGGAGGUGAAGGCCCACCAGGAGACGGAGAAGUCGCGGCUCGUUUCGCGGGAGGAGGCCAAUCUGCAGGAGGUGAAGGCCCUGCAGUCGAAGCUCAACGAGGAGAAGUCCGCCCGCAUCAAGGCCGAUCAGCAUUCGCAGGAGAAGGAGCGCCAACUGAGCAUGCUCUCGGUGGACUACCGCCAGAUCCAGUUGCGCCUGCAGAAGCUGGAGGGCGAGUGCCGCCAGGAGUCGGAGAAGGUGGCCGCCCUGCAGUCGCAGCUCGACCAGGAGCACAGCAAGCGCAACGCCCUGCUUUCGGAGCUCAGCCUGCACAGCUCGGAGGUGGCCCACCUGCGUUCGCGGGAGAACCAGCUGCAGAAGGAGCUGGCCGCCCAGCGGGAGGCCAAGCGGCGCUUCGAGGAGGAUCUUGGCCAGCUGAAGAGCACCCACCACGAGGCGCUGGCCAACAACCGGGAGCUGCAGGCCCAACUGGAGGCGGAGCAGUGCUUCUCGCGGCUGUACAAGACGCAGGCGAACGAGAAUCGCGAGGAGAGCGCCGAGCGGCUGGUCAAGAUCGAGGAUCUCGAGGAGGAGCGCGUCUCGCUGAAGCACCAGGUCCAAGUGGCCGUUGCCCGUGCCGAUUCCGAGGCGCUGGCCCGGUCGAUUGCCGAGGAGACGGUGGCCGAUCUCGAGAAGGAGAAGACCAUCAAGGAGCUGGAGCUGAAGGACUUUGUGAUGAAGCACCGCAACGAGAUCAACGCCAAGGAGGCGGCACUGGCUGGGCUCAAGGAGGCGGAGAUCGAGCUGCACAAGAAGCUGUCGCAGAAGGGCGUCGAGUGCGAGGAUCUCGUGCAGCAGCACAAGAAGCAGCAGGAGGAGCUGUCGCUGUUGCGCAGCAGCAAGGACGAGGAGAUCAACAAGCUCCUCGAGAAGUGCAAGAACGAGGUGCUGCUAAAGCAGGUGGCGGUCAACAAGCUGGCCGAGGUGAUGAACCGACGCGACUCCGACCUGCCCAAGCAAAAGAACAAGGCCCGCUCCACGGCGGAGCUGCGGAAGAAGGAGAAGGAGAUGCGCCGGCUGCAGCAGGAGCUGUCGCAGGAGCGCGACAAGUUCAACCAGCUGCUGGUCAAGUACCAGGACCUGCAGCAGCAGCACGCCGAGGAGCAGCAGCUCAAGCAGAAGAUGGUCAUGGAGAUCGACUGCAAGGCCACCGAGAUCGAGCACCUCCAGAGCAAGCUCAACGAGACGGCGUCGCUCUCGUCGGCGGACAACGAUCCCGAGGACAGCCAGCACUCCUCUCUGCUCUCCCUCACACAGGACUCGGUCUUCGAGGGCUGGCUGAGUGUGCCCAACAAGCAGAACCGGCGGCGUGGCCACGGCUGGAAGCGGCAGUACGUCAUCGUCUCCUCGCGCAAGAUCAUCUUCUACAACUCGGACAUUGACAAGCACAACACCACGGAUGCCGUGCUCAUCCUGGACCUGAGCAAAGUGUACCAUGUCCGCAGCGUCACUCAGGGCGAUGUCAUUCGCGCCGAUGCCAAAGAGAUUCCGCGCAUCUUCCAGCUGCUCUACGCCGGCGAGGGCGCCUCCCAUCGUCCCGACGAGCAGAGUCAGCUGGACGUGAGCGUGCUGCACGGCAACAGCAACGAGGAGCGCCCGGGCACCAUUGUCCACAAGGGUCACGAGUUCGUCCACAUCACCUACCACAUGCCCACGGCCUGCGAGGUGUGCCCGAAGCCGUUGUGGCACAUGUUCAAGCCGCCGGCGGCUUACGAAUGCAAGAGAUGCCGCAACAAGAUUCACAAGGAGCAUGUGGACAAGCACGACCCACUGGCGCCCUGCAAGCUGAACCACGAUCCGCGCAGCGCCAGGGACAUGCUGCUGCUGGCCGCCACGCCCGAGGAGCAGUCGCUGUGGGUGGCGCGCCUGCAGAAGCGUAUCCAAAAGAGUGGAUACAAGGCCAACUCGUCGAACAACAACAGCACCGAUGGCAGCAAGAUAUCGCCCAGCCAAUCGACGCGCUCCUCCUACAAGCCGUAUCCGGUGAAUGUGCAACGCUCCGCCACGCUGCCAGCAAAUUCAUCGCUGAAAUGAACGCCAGCCGCCGAUGUGAGUCGAUCCCAGAUCCAAGAUGCCACAUGCCACAGGCCAUGCAGCAGCUUUCAGCCUCCAGCCCCAACGAAACUAAAGCUAUAUGCUAUAUGCUAACCGAUACACUGAUCUAGGGAGGAAAGAUGGGAGAGAGCAACUGCUAAUUGAAUGGCAACUACAACUGCAACUACUAUCUUUAAUUAACGCCCUUAAAAACAACAACAACAUACAUGCUACAGUAAUCUACAAAUAUUUUUUGAGUAAUUUACAAGCUACAACUAAACUGAAACUAAAACUAAAACAAAAACAAAAACUAAUACUAAACGGUAUCUUAAAGAAUAUGUAAAGCCAAUGCAACUCGUUUAACGCUUACCUAACCGAAAUCGAACCGAAAUGGUGAAUGGUGAGGAACGUAGAUGAGCAGUGGCAACGUCAGGCGGGUCAGAUAAACCGUGGAUGUGUCGCGUCGCUGUACUUUAUAUACUAUAUAUAAAUAUAAAUACGAUAUGGUAUUCCCCAUGGCUUGCGAUUGCGAUUGCGAUUGUAUUCUGUCAACGCGCUCAGCACAACGAUGAUGAGAGCUGUACUUAGUUAAGUGAAUCCUUGGCGCAACAGGGGAGAUGCUUCAGUGGCCUCCCCCUUGCACCCCGAUGCCUUGUAAGAACUUUUUUUUUACACAUAUAUAUAUUUAUAUGCAUAUAUAACGUAUAUAUAUAUACGAACUUGUUGUUCUUGUGUAGCGAAUCCGAUUGGCCAAACGUUGUUCUUAGUUGUAAGACGAGACGGGGAGAAGAUAACAAAUAACCAUGAACAGAGCUAUCCAAUAUAUUCGUAGAGACAUAGAGAUAUAUACGUUAAUAUAUAUGUUAACUUCCCCAAGAGCAUAUCCUGUAAGCCACAAGCCAGCUGACAACAAAAACGAACCGAGCAAUCAACAAACCAGAACUAAGUUAAAGCCACUUUACAAAGCUUUAACUUGUAUUCCAUUUAAUGAGCACUCUUUUUUACAUACAUAAUAUAUAUAGUAGAUUAACGUGUACAAGAAGGAGCGCUGGGAAAGCGAAUAUCAAUCAGUUACUUAAAAGCAAACUAAAUAUGCUGUCCUGUUUCAGUUUCCAGUUCCGAUUCCAAAUCGGUUUUAGGUUGCAAACACUUUGCCUCAGAGGCAAAACGAAAUUAAAACCUCGAAGUUGUAUAAGAGUUGUAUUCUUAAAUUUUCUAAUUUUAUCCCAUAAAAAAAACGAAGAAAGACUCGAUGGGAACCGGAAACGGAAACGAAAACGAAAACGGAAUAGAGUGUCUCUAGCCAAGGACAGAGCGAAACAUGAAUCGAACCGAAACUAUAAACUAUACUAAACUGAUGUGAAGCAAAGUACGGUACACCUAACUUUACGAAAUGAAAGAUGCGACACCGAGUUGUGUGUAAAAGGCUACGUCUAAGUAUUAAAUAUCCAAUAUGUUCUAGUUGUAAGCUAAGCAAAUUAUUUAUUUCGACAACGGAAACGGCAGCAGCUUAGCACUCGACAAUUUGUAUGAUUUGUAUUCCAUUAAUGUUGAUUUUAAUUAUGAGUUCGAACCCGUUUUGAGUUUCUGUAAUCUUGAGUAGUUUGUUUUUACAGAGUGUACAGAGUGAAAGGCGCCAGCGAAUUGCAUUUAAAACAAAAAUUAACGAUAAUAGCGAUAUUUUCAAGUUCUGGCCGGCCUUAAACGUUCGGUAGUCGGUUAUUGUUAAUCGCCAAUCGUCUAUCGAUAUUUGCAAAUCGGCCGCAAAGCUCGGACUUUGAUUGUGAAAUCAAAGUGCUGCUUUCAUCUAACUUUGUAUUUUAUUUGCACUAUUAUUAUGAUGAUCAUUCGUAUUACGUUUAUGUUUAAUUGUACUCUCUAGUUUAACCACGUCUGUAAUUGCAUUUGUCCUCGAUUCUUAUCGACUGGCAUCCAAAUGGAAUUGCAGGCGUCAAGUAAAUAAAACGAUAAUGUGUAUAAAAUCAGUA